GAGUUGUUCAUUUCGUUGAUUUUGACAAUCGGUCAUUUCAGUUUUCUCCUAGGUUUAUUGAAAUUUUCACGUGAAAAACAUUUGGAGUGAACUGAUACAGAACGGAAAUACCUAUGAAUUAUCAGAUUUGAUUCCAAUACAAUUCGACAUCCACUCAUACGGAUAGUUCAUCAGAAUGGGUCUAUUAUCCGAGCCGCUACUGUUCGUACUAGCUUUAAUCAAUACCUUUUCAGUACUUUUUGUUCUGGUAUAUUUCGUCAUAACUUUAGCAGACUUAGAAUGUGACUACUUAAAUGCAUGGCAGUGCUGUUCAAAGUUAAAUAUGUGGGUGGGACCAAAACUUAAAGCACAUGCAUUUUUAGAAUUUUUGUUGUUAACACAUGGGCAAUUUGUGUUGUUUGUGGUAAACUUACCAAUGACGGUAUGGUUAUUCUAUGAAUACUUUGGAGUACCUAGGGGCAAUAUGGGAGUUUAUGAUCCUACAGAAAUUCAUAAUUGUGGACAAUUAAAGAGGCAUACAAGAGAUUGUAUGAUCCAUCUUGGAUAUUAUCUUGUAUUCUUUUUUAUUUACCUUUACUGCAUGAUUAUCUCAUUAUUAAAAGGAGAUCCAAUCAAUAGAAAUGAUGCAGAUUUGGUGGAAUUAUAA